AUGCCUGACCACUCCUUACGCUCCGUUUGCUCCUAUCGACUUGUUCGCCCGGCCAAAUCAGUGGACGAGGUCUCCGGCUCCUGCGUCAGUUCGUUACGAAUGAAGUUCUCACGUACUAAUCAGUUCAUCAUCAUUCUUCUGGGCUCCGCCUUCUUUCUCUUCCUCGCUUUUGUGGCCAUCUCCAAUGGACGCGGACUACUACUCCACAAUCGGGACUUUACUCCUCUUCCCAGGGUUGCCGAAAACCCGUAUGACCAGAUUGGAGGCAAAACAUCCGAUACCUUGGAAAGGAAGUCAAGUUAUCUGGUGAGACAGCACGCUCGACAUCUGAACUCCGCUUUUCUCGCCUUCACGCGGCGAAAUGAAAAGCAGUUGCGACAGCGUAUGUCGCGAUUCACCUCCCGAAUACGUCAUGAUUUGAGCACUGAUCCCGGUAUCAAAUUGUUGCCCUAA